AGUGUAUACACAUACCUAGAGAGAGGAUGGCUCUGUGAGCGCGCGAGUGUAAAUUACAAAAUUAUACAUAUAUCCUGCAACAGUGCAAGUGUAUAUACCUGCAGAAAAAAAAAAAAAAAGAAAGAAAAACAUAAGGGUGUGAAAAAAUGUUCAAGCCGCCGGAGGCCGAUCUCAUCGACUUCACCACCAACUUGCAGCACACUCCCCAAGUGCGGGCUCGAGGAGACGACGAUUUCGCCACGUGCAGCGUCCCCGGCAGUGGCGCGCUCGCCAAGAGGAGGCUGAGCUUUGCCCCUGAACUGGUCGAGGAGGACAGGCUGGAUGAUCCCUUUGAGGCGAAUUUCGUGGUUGAAUACAACGAACAUCGGACGCACGAAGAGCACGAGGAUCCUUACGAGCAGGUGCUUCGAAUGGCCCGCUGUGGCAACGACGCUCAUCUGCAGGGCGAUCGCCUCGCUGGUUCUGAAGGCAACAACUUGAUCAGAACAAGGAGCAUGAAUCUUUUUAUCUCAGCCAGUAGUCUCAGUAACGAGUUGAUCUCGGACAUAGAAAUAAGUUUCCAUGACUUACCUUUGUCUGACAAUGACAUGAGCAUUGACACAGACAAUGAGGGGACGAACGGUUCGUUGCCCCAAAUCUCACUGGUACCAACAGCAACGAAGAAAAAUGGAAGCAAUGCCGUGGAGAGUCUUCCAAAUGAUUGUUUGACAAACAAACACCGACGCAAAGGAAACAAAUCAGAUGACCCCCUCAAUAAUCGUAAUUUGACGAAAAACACGGCAAAUAAAACAACGUCACUCAAUGUCCCUUCGCGAUUGAAGACCCGAAAUGAAGGCAUGGCCAAACCAAAGAAAUUACCCGUAAAACCGACCGUUACAUCAUCGAACUCGUUCAAGCUUCCUGACAAAACACCGCAAAAACCCCUUAGACGGAGCUUGUCCUUCAAUCAAAACUCUAAAAGCUCAACAGCAGCAACUGAUAAAACAAACUCCAGGAGGAUCACUUCAGGAACAAUGAGUUCGCAAAAACCAUUGCUCAGGCGGAGCUUGUCCUUCAACAAAAACCCCAACAGCUCAUCAACGGAGAUUGGCAAAACCAACUCUCGAAAAAGCGUUUCAAGAGAAACGAUGAUCGUUAAAUCUCGCCUUGGUGGUCGUACGGUCGCUUCUCAGGCGAGUGGUUCGCCGAAAGUGGUAAAAAAACUCGCCCAUAAACCCACGUCGGCUUUAAAGGUCCCCGCAAACCCUCCGAAGCGCCCCGCCAACGAAAAAGACCGCCCAACUACCUCAAAACGCGCGUAUCUCAGGUACCUAUAG